AUGGUUUUUCCAGGGUCAAAUGGAUCGAAUAACAUCUCUUACACAGAAACAAAGAGCUACCUUCACAGGAAAAAAGGCGAGAAAUGCAACAGACUAAGAAAAAAUUUGAUAAAUAUCGCGGAGAACUCUACGCAGACCAGACUCAAGUGUUUUUUCCCUUCUUUUUUGUCUUUGACUUUCUUUAGAAGAAGUUUCUCAAAACUAAGAUGUUAUCAAAUACCAAGAGACAAUAGAUCAUUCUCUCUUGCAAAUACAUUGUAGUUUACUAAUCUGAUUUUUGUCUAGCAUCCCACGCAGACGUUCUUUGAACUUGGUCAUGUGAUCCUUCCCCUUGUUGGGGAGGGUUCAGAAAUGUUGUCGCGCCAGGAGCCCUGGUCGCGCAUAAUGCAACCGGAGCUGUGUAAAUGACUGAAAUAGAGUUACGGAUGUGUUAUAAUCAGUCUUUUGAUUUUGUAUGAGCCGUGUUAUCGAUGUAUUCAUUAUUUUAUUUUACGUAAAUUUCAUUUUCCAGCCGCUGCGUACUUAUCCCCCUUAUCCCCCUUUUAGGAGAACAGGAGCCUAUGUGAAAGACGAGAGACUUAUUAGAUUUGUUUGAAGCGUUAGUUGGUGGCUAUUCUGGAUAAGUCAGUAAGUCACAGAUCGUUAAAGAAUUAUGUAGACUACGAGUAGUCCCCAUUUUUUUCAGGGAUAGUAGAGCGAGGAAAACGCGAGCGCGCGUAAAAAUCACCCCACGCGAGAAAAAGGCGACACGCGGCCGCCUGUCGCCUUUUCUCGCGUGGGGUGAUUUUCACGCCCGCUCGCGUUCGCUCGCUCUACUAUUCCUGAGGAAAAGUGGGGGACUACUCGUAGUCUAAGAAUUAUGUGUUGCCUUGUAUCCAGUUAAAUUUUACAGUUGAUAGAGCGAAUGGCCUUCGUUCACUGUAGAUCAAGAAUGACUGACCUUUGUAGAUUUCAAAGGUGUUACAAAUCUGGCAAAAUAUUAUCCAAUGCUCCGGAAAACCGCUGAAGGCACCUCAAUGACUAAGGACGAAUAACAGGGCCUAAUACCUUGGCCUAAUAUAAGAGAUAAUAAUAUAAAGAGACAAGCUUGUCUCUUUUUCUUCUCAUACUUGUUCGUGUCUCGCUCGCUCGUAAAGCUUUGCUUUUCAAAUGCGUUCUUGCCGAGCAUUGAGAAAUAUUAAGGACAAUGAAUUACAAGAUUUAUGUAAUAUGAUCGCUUAACGAUUUGAUCGGUCAAGUUGAUAUACGAUUCUACAAUAAAUAGUCUGCGAAAACACCCGUCGUCCGCCGCGCCAGGGAUGUUUCUUUCUCCUGGCGAAGCGUGUCUAGCGCCCGGGUCCUAGCGGCGAGGAGCGAGAAGAAGAGAGAGGAAGGCUAACAAUAAAGGGUGUAAAGGCGAUUCGUACUAUCAGCUGUACAAUUUUACUAGAAUCAUGGCCACAAAUAACUCCUUUGGGCCCAGCCUGUGCAGGCAAGUCCGUUCACAGCGUACAGCUCUAUGACAAAUAACUGUAUGAUCAUAGGAAGAGCAAACAUCCUAUCGAAAAGUGCCUCCAUUAAGUCCACUCCAUCCACGCUCGAUUUAUAUAAGCACACAAAACUGGCUCUUUUACUGAAUCGAUGACACACUUACUUGUUUAAUUCGUGCGUGAGAUGAUGGUAAUCUAAUGUUGUCCGUGGAGCUGAUUACCUUGACCUACACGCCAAGUCCAGUUCAUCGCCGGGGGCAGCAAAGCGCCAACGUUGAAUGCCUGUUGGAUGCCAUUCACGUCUAAAACUUUACUGAGGUAAAUCUCCCUGUCGAAUUUGGCCAGUAACCAAACGAAUUCGUGCAUGCUCUGUCCUCCCUGGACAUCGAAAAAUGCGUAACGUGCCUCCGGCGAUACCUUAUUUAGAUUCUGACCCCGCCCAACUUUCCGGGUCUACUAAAUUUGAGGGUGCCAGUGCUAGGGUGACACAAAGCUCAGUGAAAAAGAGAAGUGUUCAUAAAAUUUCGUAUUUGUUUGCGUUGCUUGGUUUGUUUGUUUGAUUAUUUUUUCCUAAUGGAUGAACGUAUUUAUCUCAAUUCUUCAUUUUACCGUGACCUCGUAUCAUUUCUUUUCUCCCUCUCCCCUCUCCCCCUCCCCCUCUCUCCCCACCGCGCAUAGUCCUGUUUUGACACCACCAAGCUGCAGGAUUCCAUUUUUAUGACAGACCCUUUCCGGUCGAUGACAAAAGACUGACAUUUUUAGAAUAAGGUCACAGGAUUACAAAAGCCGUAAGGCGUGAAGCCUCUUAAAAAAUUUCAAACUUCCUACACUCGCUCAUUAGCGAGACCCGAGUCCUGAAAACUAACUAGCACUCGAAAGCAACUCGAAAGCGACCCACAACGAAACCAUCAGUAGAAACGGAUAAACGUCGAGCUGUCACAAUGCAUGCUUUCUUUGUGCUGGUAGGAGUCUUUUCUCUUCAAGUUGCGGUAAGUUUUUCAGACAACACGACAGCGCACAUUCUGUUGUUUUGGUUUCUUCAAAGCACAUUUACAUGACAAUAAGAAGAUUUCUUUGCUGCCGCAUCGACCACAGGCAAAACGGUCGUUAUGGUUCAUUUGAGGUGUAUUACCAAAGUAUUUAUCUGUAACGUAGCAGUUUCUGUUCAGAUUUGCUGCCAUAUAUUUGGAUGUUCUUCGAAUUCCAGUGAGAAGUAAACAAUGGCCUAUUGAGAAUUUUAUUGAAAGGGCAAAUAUUUGCUUUUGAUGUUUAUUUUACUACACAAACUUCUAUUCUUCGCUCGCGUGAUACUCCAGUACCCUCUACUGUACAAUCUGACCGACUUUCUCAUAGUUGGUGCAAGGACUAUGCCAAACUACGAAACAUUUCGUUUCGUUCCAAUUCGUCUCGUUUCGCUCCAUUUCGUUCCGCAAACUACAGUAAGCCACGUGUCAUAACCAUACAUGAGGUUUGGAAGGGGAGGGGGGGGCCUUCAUGGAGCACAUGGAGGAGACUGUCGUUAAUUUGUCAAAUGGGCGGCAGGUUAUUUACAAACAUCUUUUUACCUUUACUUAAUUACGCUUUUAUUUUCGUUCAUUGACCGGUUCAGUGUAACAUUUCCCCUCGACGGGUGUCUCAUCAAUCUCCAACCUUCAGAUUUUUUUCAUGAGUUGAGUUGCGGACUAAUAAAUGACCUUUUCAUCGUUCAACGACAACCGGUACAGUAUUUCAGCUUAUAGGCUUAGCUUAUAAAAGACUUAACCAGCGAGACUAAAUUUCAUAGGCGAAUUAAUGUUUAAAAAUAAUUUCCGGAUUGUAGAACCAAUAAAAUCUAAACAAUUCAGUUAUCCGCUAUAAGAUGUUUCUGUUGAUAGUAUGUGUUAACAUUUUAGCCGGAAGAAGAUGAAUGAAGAACAGCGAGGCAAAUUUCAAACUCUGUAAUGCCCGAUCUUAUAAACAGGAAAGUGGCGCAGGAGAGAAUUAAACUCUCACUUCCAAGACGAGGCUAAGUGUAAAACUUAGCUUCCUUAUAAAAAAUGAGUUUUGUGGCCGACACAUGAGAACAUCCUCCGAAACGCCGUAUGAUUUUCGGUUAGUAGUCUUCGCAGUUCUAUUGACGUCAUUUUUAGGAAAAGGGUUUCGUAACAAAUAACGAAUUUUAUUUUUUGCAGUUCGCCUCGCUUUGAGUGAAAUAAAUAAUAAGUGACAUAAUAAUAAAAGUAUUAUGAUUUAUAAAUUGUUUUCUAUUACUUAAAGCCUUUUUCUUUUUUUCUUUCUAUGAAGACUGCGACACAGACGACCACCACACAGAAGGGUAGGUGCAUUGUGCAAAAUAUAUAUCAGUUCAAGGCGGCCUGCCACCUAAAGGAAGUCUAACUUAGGAUAGACAUAAAUCUGCCUGUAAGAUGUUUAUUUCAAGUAGAUAAAACGUGUUCUUGUCCAAGUUGUAAGUCUUCUUGACGCUGUUAACACCAAACAAUGUUUAGAUGUGAGGUUGUCCAAAAGGGCUAAGAACACUGCUUGUUAAAAACCAUUGAAGCUCUGUUUGAAUCACCUCGGCCUCAGUUAGGACUUCUGAAAUUUAAAGUUCCGUUCCUGGAACAAAGAAGUAGACGGAAGUGGUUUGACAUUCAUAUUUUUUACCCUUCAGACCCCUGUUAUAACGUGUUUUGCACCAAAGGCCGCAUGUGUGUUGUAAACACGGAUCGUUCAACGACAUGUGUGUGCCCAGAAGUGUGCCCAGAUGAUUACAAACCUGUCUGCAGCGUCUACCUCCGAGAAUUCAACAACACUUGCAAACUGCACAAGUUCGCUUGUCGAAUUGGCAUCAUGAUGGGAAUCGAAAAGACAGGAAAGUGCGAUUUAAAAGGUGUGUAUUUAGCAAACAAGAUCCGCGUGUCGAGAAAGGUUGUCGGAAAAAGUGCAAGUGACAAUCCCGAAAGGUAAUAUAGGAUAUAAUCAAUACGCUGUUUCUUGAAACUGUAACUGUCGAACCUACUUUUGUUGCUUUUCUUCAGCACUCGCAACAAACCGUCCACGGUCUCUCGUGCCGUUCUUUCAAAUUUCUUUGAAAAUCAUCAGUGAACUGAAAACCACCCACCACACCUUUCUGGAUUUUCGCGGGCACUUUUUUCUGACAACCCUUCUCGAAAUAGCUGUAUACUACAGUGGGACCCCGCUCUGCGGACACCCACUUAAUACAGACACCCGUGUAUAACAGAUAGUUUCGUUUGUCUCGACUAAAAGCUCAUAUAUUUUUUCUAAAAUUAACCCGCAUAAAACGGACAAUGGACACUUUUCUGUGUCCCAAGUUACAAACUCUCAUACAUCGUCAACCCCUCUUUACGUACACUGGUUUAACUGCGCACUGCAGUAUUUUCAUUGUCACAAUCAUGAGCUAAUUGUGGACAUUAUACUCAUUUUUAAAACGACGACAGAUUUCUGUAAGUUUAUACGACUUUAUAACUUAAAACUUUAGCAAAAUAGUGCGACCUGCUUCCUUGUCCUACCGUUCUCUUUCCUCUUUAAGAUCAAUAAAUCAGGUGUCUGUCACGUUUUUCUGACAGCCCGCUUAAUACGGACACCCGAAUCAUAAAUACGGACGCUAUGGUAUAUCCUCUCAGUGUCCGUAUUAACUGUAGUCCUGAAGUCAGCUGCAAAGACAGCCUCUUCACUCUGAGCCCCCUACUCCAACGGGGCAGCAUAACCUUUAUUAUCAUUUCAAGUGCUUAUAACUUAGAAACGAGAUCUGUGAACACCACGUUUAUUAUUGGGAAGCAACCGGUUCAGAAUAUACGAAACUUUAAUUUAAAGUGGCUCGUUGAUAGACUUUGAUAAUUGACAGUGAGCAGUCUAUUCUCAACCCACUAGAUAGAGAUUCUUCACUGCCGAUUACAGGUCAAUAAUUAGAAAAUUGAAGUUGCCGAACUUUCUUUUAGUUACAAGCGUUGGAUGCUAAAAUUAAGGCUGUUAUAGGUUAUGACGUUGCUAUGGUAGCCUGUAAUCAUUAAAUUUAAAAUAUGAGAUUAUAACUCGCUCGCUUAUCAUUGAGAAUUUGGUUGGUACUAUGAUUGUCACGUCAAUCAAAACACGCUGGAGUGGGUUGUAUAGUAUUCAUCUAUAAAAGUAGAAGUGCUAGCUAACAAAUGAUGGAAAUCGAUCAUUUUAUUUUAAUUCAUAAUUAUAUUUUAUUUUCAUAUUUUUUGGCAGACACUGAAUUGGCGCCAUGCUCAGUCUCACGCCUUCUCCAAUUUCACGAUCGAUACCUUGCGUACCUCAUAGCUGCAAGAGAGCAGGAAAUGUACCCAGAUUUCCAGGUUGAGACUUGGGCAUACGAGGACCGGGAGGAAAUUAUUGCGGUAAAUUUGAUCCCUUUUUCCUCUAGCGUCCGUCCCUCUGCUUAUCAACUUGCAGUUGCUUUUCUGUACAAAACUUCUGCCUGAACUUGUUAUCAGUAGGAGCCAGUUUUUUUGGCCUUCACAAAAUCAGUGCUUUUAUCCACCUACGAUUAUAAUAUUUCAUCUUUCUUCGUCGGUGUUGCUCCUUACAAUGUUGCGUUCAACAGUUUCAGUCAGAGUUGGACACGCGAUGUUGCGUGAGUAGAGCAUGAAAUAAGACAUUUGAUCAAGCGUUGUUUCUCGGUCAGUUUUGUCAACUGAACGGGGUAAGUCCUGGACCCACGAUGAUAGCCUGCGAGCAAGCUCUCCAGGGACGGAUCAAGGAUUUUUUGUAGGAGGGGUUGCACUCUUCUCUUGCUCUGCUUCAAUACCAAUAAACCACAAAGUUUUUUUUUUUUUGCAGAAUGCCAGUUGUAUUAGAAAGCCGCAGUUCAUUUUAGCGGGGGGGGGUGCGCACUCCUGCACCCUCCCCCAGAUCCGCCCCUGCUCUCCGUGGUGAUAGCUAGACGAGCCGCGCGAACUCGAUAUCCACCAAAUGGAGAGCCUGCUCACAGGCUACCCAUGAAUGAUCACUUGGCCCUUUUUUUUUGGAUGGAGGAGGGUGAUUUUUACGAGACGUUAUUUCUAAUCACACUUUAAACACUUUAAAUUCAUCCUAUGAACCCGGCUAUGCUACGUUAAAAGGAAGUACGUCCAAGGUUUUCAUAUCCAGUAUCAGUAUUGCGUAACCGGGUUCAAUGUUUUUAUUUUAGUGGGAGUUUAAUAACCGGGAUACAAACGGGGAUGGUAUACUGGACGAAGACGAGAUUGGGAGAAUGAUUAUCCCGGAAGAAGACUGCAUGAUGGGCUUUUUGAAGUCAUGUGACUACGACCAUAAACCCGGAAUCAGCAAAAAAGAAUGGAGCACGUGUUUCCCACCUAUUGUGCGUGGUAAGUGAACAUGCGCUAGACUAUGGAGAAAGUCGAUCAUAUCAGCCUCUUCUUGUAUCCCUAGUCUAUUUUGUUGUGAAUGUAACUGUCACCUGCACUCACAUAUGACAGAACAACAACAACAUUUUAUUUCGUUUUUAAAAGGACAAUAUUUCAAACAUUGACAACGCACAGUUAAGCAUAGCUAAUCGAGGCGGGUUGUAAGAAAUAAGAACAAAAAUUAACAGUCGCCCCAGAACUAUACAGCUAAAAGAAAAAGAACCAAGUAAAUAUGUUUAUAAUCUUCCAUCUAAUCAUACAGCCUUUUAGUCGUUCUUUCUUGACUUUUCUUCGUUAGUUCGUUCUUAUACCCGUCGGAUCAAUUUAGGUUAGUGGGAAAGUGACCACCUACCCCUCCCCUAAGCCAACAUUUUUUAGUUUCCCGGAAAUCUAAAUUGAUCAUACCCGUCCGGGCCUAGCCUGCGUCGCAGACGUAAUCUAACCCCGGUUGGUAACUUCUGCGAAGCAGCGCUGAUAUCCUUGUUCUCGCCCCCCAACGGACUCAACGAAUUACCGGAAAUGCGUUUCGAGUUUUCCCUUCAAUGGCAAAUUUUCAAUAGCAUUUUAAACUGGCCAAUCACAGCGCGUACUCAAAUCCUGGUACACAGGUGGGGGCCCAGAACAAGGAUUUCGACACUGUUUCGCAGACGGAGUUAACAAGAUCUGUAUUUCCGUCUGUGACGCAGGUCCAGCCUUUCCUGCCUUGGACUUAGUCAUGUACAUAAUCAAACACGGUAACCACAGGUUGACUACUGUUCCGUUUUUUUUUUUUUUUUUUUUUUUUUUUAAUGUUGGUGUUCUAGACUGGUACGGUCUCCAAAUGACAUAAAUAAUACAAAAGACUGAAAAGACCUUGAACAAUGUCCACUCCAAAAAACAAAAGCGAACCAACAAUAAAUCCGCAACACGAACAGAAGACACCCCAGUUUUUGAAGAAGCAGGGAACGUCUGCACGCAGGCCACUCUUGUUGUUUUACUAACCAUUUCCUUGUUGUUGUUUUAUUUCCACAGCACUUAGCGAAGAGGACGUGGAAUCUUAA